AUGUCAGUCACGUCCGGACCACCAGAACUACCACCUGAUUCACCUGGCUCUUCCGUUUCAUCACGCUUACAGAAUGAAUACAACGAUUUGAUACGCCGAGCCAUUGUUGUUUCUACAGAUGGUUAUUCAACAAAAGUGGUUAUGAAUCAAACAGCACUUGGACUUGGACAACGACCACCAGCGAAAAAAAACGAUCAAGUUACAGAUUUAAUUGAUCUGAGCAGUCCAGAAACACAUCGAACUGAUCGAUCACUUUCAGCCAUCGAUACUCAACGACAACAAUUAUCUCAAAUUCCAUCUCUUCAACAGUUGCUAACGACAUCCACGAGUUCAUUAAAUGAACAGCACAAUGGUGAUAAUCAAAUGACACCAAGAGAUUGUGACGAUCCACUGGUUCACCAUUUACUUCGUUACUCUGAAUUCAUGUCGAACAAUUUAGAGUCAAAGCCAAUUACUGAGAAAAUGGAUCAUUGGUAUUUGGAUUUAAAAAAGAAUUUGAUGACCGAAUUCGAUAAACUACGACUACAAUUCCUCGAAGAAGCGCAAGAAAGCGCUCUCCGUGAAAAACAAGCCCAAGCAAAGGAAUAUGUUCGUUUAAAUCAAGAUAUUAAAACCAUGCGUGAAAUGUUAACACAAUACGAACAAACGAUUGAUCAAAAAGAUCAAACAGAGAAAAAUUUGAACAAAGCAUUAGAUUUACUCUACCAGAAAACGAUCGCCUAUCGUCGUUAUUACGAAUGGCGUUUAGCUCAUAUCGAAAAGCAACGGCAACAGUAUUCAUUAUCACUCGCCAAGCGAUUCUACGAUGAUAAAAUCAAACGUAAAGCAAUGACCAAUUGGAAGAAUUUAGUUGAACAAGGAUGGAAAAGGCGUUUUGAAGCAGCAUGUGAAAAGAAAGCAAAGGAUGUUUUAAUCGAAUUAGGCAACGAAUAUGAGCUGAAGUAUAAACAAUUAGAAUUACAGUUACUAAAUGCCAACGAGGAAAUCGCGCGACUCAAAGCUGAUAAAGGCGACCAUGAUGAAGCCUUGAAAAAAGCAUUCAUGCGCGGAGUUUGUGCCUUAAAUAUGGAAGCAAUGUCAGUUUUGCUUAAAAAUGAGAAUGAAUUAGAAACAACAGCGACAACCACAAUUGCAGACGAACAGCGGCGAUGUUGUAACCAUGAAGUCAGCAGUGAUGAACCGCUGACUGAUGAUAAUAAUCAAGAAAACGGUUCCAAACCUUCGUCACAUUAUCAUUCGUUUCCGACACACGUUUAUAAAGAAUCUUUACCAAGUACAAUUUAUCGCACAGGAGAAGCACGAACUGUUCGUCCGACUAGUGUCACUAAACCGACUGGUCAAUCUCGACAUGUGACUUUCAACAAACGGCAAUCAAGUGGUACAAAUCGGGCGCGUUAUCCAAAUAAUAAUGUGCUGGUCGAACGACAUGCACCGACGAGCAAUGUGCGUUCAUAA